CCCUCCGCCUUUGCCUUCCCUGCCCUUUUCUUGCUCCUGCUUCUGCAUUGGCUUGCGAUGGGGGCCACUUCUCCGUCCGGCCUGGAGCUCACCAUGGCUGUCCCCGGCCUCAGCUCCUCCUCUGGUUCAGAAGGGGCUGGUUGCAACAGCAACAGCAACAACAACAACAACGGCGGUGGCGGUGGCGGCUGCAACAUGAGGGACCUGGACAUCAACCAGCCGGCGAGCGGCGGCGAGGAGGAGGAGUUCCCGAUGGGCAGCGUGGAGGAGGACGAGGAGGAGAGGGGCGUGGGUGGGCCCCACCGCCCCAAGAAGCUCCGCCUCUCCAAGGAGCAGUCCCGCCUCCUCGAGGAGAGCUUCCGCCUCAACCACACCCUCACGCCGAAGCAAAAGGAGGCCUUGGCUAUCAAACUGAAGCUGCGGCCGAGGCAGGUGGAGGUCUGGUUUCAGAACCGUAGGGCAAGGACGAAGCUGAAGCAGACGGAGAUGGAGUGCGAGUACCUGAAGCGCUGCUUCGGUUCGCUGACCGAGGAGAACCGCCGGCUGCAGCGGGAGGUCGAGGAGCUGCGGGCGAUGCGGGUGGCCCCGCCCACGGUGCUCUCGCCGCACACCCGGCAGCCGCUCCCGGCGUCCGCGCUCACCAUGUGCCCCCGGUGCGAGCGCAUCACCGCCGCCACCGGCCCGCCCGUCGCGCGCCCUCCGUCGUCAGCCGCCGCCGGCUCCUCGCCGUUCCACCCUCGCCGCCCCUCCGCGGCGUUCUAGGGGCACAACAAAUAUGAUGGGCCUUCCCGUGUAAAUUGAAGGAGAAGAUCGACGUAGCACUUUUAGUAGAGAGCCCAGCUUCGUGUUGGCGUGUCGCGUCGGGUCCAGCCGUCUCAGAGACGUGGCCAAAUGUUUGCUGCUUUGGUGCCUUGGUGUUCGUUCCAUCCAUUGGUCUUCUUGAUCUUAGCUCCAUAUGAUCGUGUGAUGAUUCGCGCCUUGCUCGUCUCGUCUAGGUUUCUCGUGGGCUCGUAUUGGGCCUCCUGUGCUCGAUGCUUGUUUCCUCGUGUUACUUUGGGCUUCAAAUCGACUAACAAUUCAUCAGGGUGGCCUACGGUGAGUAAAAGUUCCUCGUCGUUUUCUUUUCCUCUGGAGCACGACUGCCAGUUCUGUUUGUGCAUGUACUUUGCUCCUGUUGGCAAAUCCGCAAAGGUUUCGGGGAUCCGGUAGCUUUACUGACUGCAGCAACUGUAAUACUGUAUCCAUGUACAG